AGUAAAUUUGAGUGUUUUAAGGUGUGUAUCAAGUGUAUAACGUAGGCUGUAAUUUAGUUGUUUAUGAAGUCAAAACCGGAGUUGGUGGCAAGAAAGGGUUGGUCUGGAUUUAAAGUGUCCACGAUGGGAAAAUCCAAACAAACAGGAAACCAUAAGAGUGACAAGAAGAAGAACAUCUCAAAGACAUGGAAGACAAAGCGCAGGACCAAGGAUCUAGACCAGAUCCACUCAGACAUGAAGCCUGAGACAGCAGCAAAGCUCCUUCAUCAAGAAGUUGACUUUGAUGUGACCGGAUGUGCACAGCAUUACUGUUUACACUGCGCGAGAUAUUUUGUGGACAUGAAAGCCCUGAAAGAACACUUCAAAACUAAAGUGCACAAGAAAAGGUUGAAACAGCUCAGAGAGGAGCCCUAUACCCAGGCAGAAGCAGAGAGAGCAGCGGGUAUGGGUUCAUACAUCCCCCCAAAAAUUAUUGAAGUGAAGACACAGCCUGUGGAGGAAGACAUGGACUGAGGAGCACCCACCAUAAACUAAGGACUGAUGAAUGCUCUAAUAGAAGCAUUAACCAAAUGCAUAAUGCUUUUAUUUUUUUCUUGCUGUCGUAACAUUUGUGUUGGAGCCUGCUCUUCUACCUCUGGCUAUCACAGUCAGGACGGCCGUGCCUUUUAUUACAGGGCAGUGUAAUGCAAGAUGAGUAAAUACUGAGUCUGUGUGGAAUGAAACUAAACUGUAAAUGGAGUGGAUUCAGUGAGACUAUGUGAUAAAGUCUGGUUAGUGCUGGAUUUCCCAACCGGUGGGAAAUCCAAGAUAAAUCUCAGAAUCAGGUCACCAC